AAGCGCCAACUGCUGGAGAUGACAGAUUUUGGCCCCAGUUAUCUCUCUCGCUUCGCCUUUUCCCCUCUGCUUGUAGUGAGAGAAGUUUGUCCCUCUUCGUGAUCUGUCCGGUGUUCCAGAAGCGACGGUUGCUGGUGUAUUGGACGUUCAUAUAUAUGUGUACCAGUGGCAAAGAUGGAGAAGGACACCACUAUUAGGAGAAUAAAAUCCUUAUACGGGACGCAAAGCAAUGUAUCGGAAAAUAAGAAUGACUCUCAGGAUCAAUGUGGAAUCAACGGCUGUAGUGAAGUGAAAAAGAAGCCUGAAGUGAGCUUGUACCUGCUACACGAAGGCGUCGGAGUGGCACUGGUGACUGUAUUUAUUCUGGUGCUGUGGGGAGUCGUUCAUUUAUCAUUACAGCAGCUAGUCAUUGGAAAGUCUACUGGCGAGUUCAAUGCUAUCAGGGCAAGGAAGCACCUGGAGCGUAUCACCAGCGUCGGUCCCCGUCCCACGGGCAGCCCGGAGAAUGAGAUCUUAACAGUUAACUUCCUGCUAGAGCAGAUUGAGCACAUCAAGGCCGACAGCGCCUCAGGACCCCACUCUGUCACUGUGGACGUCCAGCGACCCACAGGCUCCUUCAGCAUUGACUUCCUGGGAGGGUUCACCUCCUACUACGACCGGGUCAGCAACAUCGCUGUCCGCCUGGAGCCCAAGGCUGGGGCUCAGCACCUCAUGCUGGCCAACUGCCACUUUGACUCUGUGGCCAACAGUCCUGGUGCAAGUGACGAUGCAGUGAGCUGUGCGGUGAUGUUGGAGGUGCUUCACUCCCUGGCCAACCUCUCCACACCUCUACGACAUGGGGUGGUGUUCCUCUUCAAUGGAGCUGAGGAGAAUGUGCUGCAGGCGAGUCAUGGCUUCAUCACUCAGCAUCCCUGGGCCAAGCAGGUCCGAGCCUUCAUCAACCUGGAGGCUGCAGGGGUGGGCGGCAAAGAGGUGGUGUUUCAGACAGGUCCUGAGAACCCCUGGUUGGUCCAGGCCUAUGUCCAUGCUGCCAAACAUCCCUUUGCCUCGGUGGUGGGACAGGAAGUCUUCCAGAGCGGUGUGAUCCCAUCUGACACGGACUUCCGCAUCUACAGGGAUUUUGGAAACAUUCCAGGAAUUGAUUUGGCCUUCAUUGAGAACGGUUUCCUCUACCACACCAAGUACGACACAUCCGACAGAAUACUGACCGACUCCAUCCAGAGGGCAGGUGACAACAUCCUGGCGGUACUGAAGCACCUGGUGAUGUCUGAGGAGCUGGCGGACUCGUCGGAGUAUCGUCAUGGCAACAUGGUGUUCUUUGACCUGCUUGGCAUGGUGGUGGUGGCGUACCCGGCCCGCGUUGGUACCAUUAUCAACUACAUGACUGCCAUGGCAACCUUCCUCUACCUAUUUAAGAAGUGCUCCCAUCCCAGUAAUGUGGGAGGUCGUUACAUCAAGGAGCUGGCCUAUGCCACGGCGGUGGUCAUCCUCAGCUGGUUGGUCACUCUGCUGACAGUGCUCAUCAUAGCCUUGGUUGUGUCGCUGACAGGACGAUCCAUGUUCUGGUACAAUGACUUCUAUACAUGCAUCUUUAUGUACGGUUCUGCUGCCACUGGGACGAUGGUCCUGAUCCACACACUGGCCAAGAACCUCUACUACGGGGGUGUACGUCGCCUGGAGCUGGGGGAGCUCUACUUUGACGUGAGCCUGCUGCUGUGGUGCGCUGCCCUAGUCUACCUCACAGCUAACGACCUCUGCUCUGCCUACGUCCCCAUGCUGAUGGUGGCCUUCCCUCUGACCACCAAGCUGCUCCUCGCCAGGGAGUUUAAACUCAGAGGUGCAUCGGUGAAGUACUCUGUUCUCUACCAGCUGGGUCUGGCUCUGCCCUAUGUCCACUUCAUGUUCCUGAUCUGGGUAGUGUUUGAGAUCUUCACGCCCAUCCUGGGGCGCAGCGGCACAGAGAUCCCCCCUGACGUGGUCCUGGCCACCCUCGUCACCCUCGCCACACUCUUCCUCUCCUCCUUCUUUCUCCACUUCAUCUACUUGGCUAGGUCUACUAAGUGGCUGUUGGCAGGUCUGGGAACAGUGUUCACUGUGUUUCUGGUGCUGGUGUUGUGUGGAAUGUUCUUCCCCUAUACAGCAGACCCCUCGAGCCCACGCCCCAAACGGGUCUUUCUUCAGCACACCACUCGUACCUUCCAUGGUCUGGAUGGCCAGGUGAAGAGCAGAGACUCAGGUCUGUGGAUCAACAGCUUUGACUACACUGGCAUGCAGCACAUCACGCCUAUCAUACCAGAGAUCAACGACACUAUCAGGACCAGCUGUCAGGAGGACAGGCCUUUCUGUGGCUACCCCUGGUUCCUACCGGUCAAGUUCCUUGUCAAGAAGAACUGGUACCUCCCAGCCCCUGAAGUCUUUCCCAAGUCUCCCAUCGAGUUUCAGGUCCUUUCUAAAGAACAGACAAAAUGGGGCACAGUGAAGAUUACAUUUGAAGUCAAAGGUCCCAGCCACAUGUCCCUCUACCUGAGACCCCACCAAGGGGCCUCUCUGUCCAGCUGGUCGUUUGGGGAUGGUGUUCCCCAGUACCACCUGGCUGGAGAGUACUUUAUAUUCUACUCCCACGGCCUGGAUGCCCCCGCCUGGAACUUCUGGUUCGAAAUACAGCCUCCCAGAGAAGAGGAUCCGUCAGGCCCAGAGGGAAUGAUCUCAGUAGCCAUCUCAUCUCAUUACUUCUUUGGAGAGGACCAGAGGACUGUUCAGCUAGAGGACAUGCUGAAGAGGUUCCCUAAAUGGGCCUUCCCCUCUUCCUGGGUCUCCACCUAUCACAUGUACCGAUACUGACACCUAGGCCUAUCCGAUGUACACACUGGGAGGCACCUACCACAUUUACCCAUACUUGAAAUACUGGGCCCGUUGUUGGGCCUGCUUCCACACACACAUUUGAGAGACCCGACCAUCACUGUGUCAAUAGCUAACAGGAGGGACAUUAAAGCAACAUUAUUUAUAAACAGUAACAGUAGGACUAGGGAACGGUCCUUAUAAACAGUAACAGUAGGACUAGGGAACGGUCCUUAUAAACAGUAACAGUAGGACUAGGGAACGGUCCUUAUAAACAGUAACAGUCGGACUAGGGAACGGUCCUUAUAAACAGUAACAGUCGGACUAGGGAACGGUCCUUAUAAACAGUAACAGUCGGACUAGGGAACGGUCCUUAUAAACAGUAACAGUCGGACUAGGGAACGGUCUUAUAAACAGUAACAGUAGGACUAGGGAACGGUCUUAUAAACAGUAAGACUAGGGAACGGUCUUAUAAACAGUAACAGUAGGACUAGGGAACGGUCAACCAGUGUUCAGUAGAGUUCCUUUAUUGUGAGGAUGAGGGUAAAUAGGUAGUUUUAAAAAAAAAACUAUUUUUCUUCUCGCUCUCUGACAAACUGUUUUGCAUGUAUGGCCUUGCAUGUUCCAUCUCUGGCAACAAGCACAAGGUCUUCAGCGUCACUCACUAGUUCAGUUAAAAGGCUACUUCCUUACAAAAUGAACCGUUUCAUGUUUUUACAUUUUAAAUAAGAAACAAACACAAAAAACCUACGGAAGUCGAAAUUCGUUAAGAUGUCAAGGCCAGUACAGUAGUCUGAAGGCGAACAGGAUUGAAUUGUUCCAGUAAAGUGAAAGCCUUUUGUGUGAUUUACUUACGGUGAGCUCGCUAAUGUGCCAGGAUAUUUUGACUUGUUUUAACGAGUGAUCGCAAUGUCGAAAAUAGAAAUGAAGCAAUUAACUCAUCACCGAAUUAAUAAAUCUUUUAGCUGGGUAUUGCGAUUUUAAACGUAUUUUCUGUCCAUCAAGAAACACACUGAUUUAGAUAGUUUGGUUCUCUUCAACUCAGUCAUAAACUAAUGGUGCUUUUGACAUUUUCCUCAAACUCUGAACCACAGUGCUCUAACCUCCUAAACAACUGCAACAAGGCAGUUGUUUUAAUGCUGUGGCCCUUUUUCAAAACAACACCUCACCAACUCCAAUUCAUUUUGUCCUACUGAUGUCCCUCAUCAAUGGUACUUCCUGUUAACAGUCAAAUGGGUUUAAAAAAAAAAUCCUACUUCACAUGGUGUGUUUUUGCCCAUCAUGUGCAAGGUGUAUAUCAAUAUUUUACAGUGGGAUAUUAUAAUACUAGUUGCUGAUGUCAUAAAACAGACGGACAACACCCUUUCUGGUGUUCUAAUAAGUUUAUUCCGAUGGUUGAAGCCUGCGGUGAGUGUGUUGAAGCCUGCGGUGAGUGGGUCAGACUCUUGCACAUAGUUCCUGAAUUGACCCCCAACCCGGUUUAGAACAUCAUGGUGUUUGACUGCAGGACAGCAGCUCCUGCGAACACUGAGGUUGCGCAGGGUCUGUGUUCAUAAAGAGUCAGAGUGCUGCAACAGGAUCAGUUUAGCCUUUUAGGUCAUAACAAAUACGGAUAGAGGGGGACCUGAUCCGAGAUCAGUACUCCUACUUUAUGAAUAAAGCCAAGCUAUUUUCUCUGUACCUGCAUGGUGAAGUCUUCAUAAUUAAUAUAAUUCGCAAUAUUUUGAAACAGCACUCAGAACGGUUGUUACACGCGGCUAAUAGUUUACUGUCGUCUCUCCUGCUUUCCACACCAAGCCCCACCCCGUUACUCAAGCAGCACAUUUUAUUUGAUUACAAAAGUUCACCUAAGUGUUUAUCGCAAUUCCGUUUUUUUCCCCAUAUCGUGCAGCCCUACUUGAUGGCUCGAUGUGUUACCUCUGAAGUAGGUAUUUGGGGUUUUGUGAAGACUGACCAGUACUUGAGAUGUGAUAAGGAUUGUUACUAGGCAACUGGGGUGUUGAUUUGGGCAGUCUCUUGGACUACACUGCUGUGGCUAGUACCAGUUUGUGUUGAACAGUCGCCUUGUUUUGAAUCCAGCGAUGCAUCCUCUCUCUCUCUGAGCAGGUGAAAGGAUGGAACCAAGCUAAUGUGCUUUCUAGGUUCUAGAAUGCCACAUGGUUGUAGGCUAGAGGGAUCGGUUGGCGUCAUGCAUCUUAGACAUAAGGGGUUCUUGCCACAUGCACUUACCUGUAAAAAAAAAAAAGGUCUUAGCAGGAUUGUACAGCAACAUUUUGUAAAUUAUGUAGUUAAGGGUUUAAAAAAACGAUUUGUCAUAUCCAUCACUGUGGUGAAAAACACAACCCAGUAUACUCUUAAAUAUGCAUGAUGAAUACAAGGUGAUGUUUUUCUUGAGAGGAAAGGAGGAAACUAACGAGCACACGUCUAAAGACCUUUAGCUAGUGGCAUCGUUUAAUGAAGUUUUGUUUAUGCCUGAACUUGCACCCUAUUGACAAGAGCCGUAUAAAAGAGCCGUAUAAAAGUAGUGCACUAAUACAGGGAAUAGGCAGCCACCUUAAUCAGAGGUAUAUCAACAGCUCAGGCCUGAUGGAUGAAACAAAUAUACAGGUGUAAUUUAAACGUUUAGAAAAUGUAUUGAUUUAUUUCUAUCAAGUAUGGUGGGAUCUGUAAUUUAGGUUAAGAAAUAUCCCCGUAGGUCCUGAUUCUGUAAUUACAAAACGAUUGGUGACUAAUGUUCAGGUUCACUACCCCAAACCUUCCCGUUGACUCAAGCGUACUGUACACUGCCUUCUUAAAAAUAUAACUUCAUGUUUUGUAUGGAUUUCUCAACAUAACUGUGUUGAAAUUGUAAAGUGAUUUUUGGUUUAUGGUAAUGACAUUUGUCAGUACUGUCAAACUUUUCUUAUGCAGUCAUUUAUCAUAACAUUUAUGAUUUUACAAACAAACAAAAAAGUAAUGCAGGGAAUCAAUCUGAUCACACCUUGUCGGCAAUGUUCACUCGUUCGUGGUAAAACGCUGGCUACAUGUUGCUUCAAUAAUGCAUUUCCAUUAAAAUGGUGCAUUGCUGCCAAAACGCGAUCAGAUUGAAUCCUGGCAUAAAUCCCCACUCAAUUCAAGCAAACAUCAUAAAACAUUUACUGUAAAUAUGAUACUGACAUUUCUCGAGCCUCGUCCUUUUUCAAUACCAAUAUUAAGGUGAAACAUUUCAUUGAAACCAUUUAUGGGUCUCAAAUGUUAAUUUUGUAGAAUGAUUGUGAGAAAGGAUCUACUUUCCUUAAAUUCUUUAAUAUGCCUGAAUAAAGGAAACAUUUACCUGCACUUCAGUUGGAAAAGUGGUAACUGAAAUGCAUCCACGUUUGAGUGAUUGAGUGUUUGCUGGGACAUGUUCAAUUUCGUUCGAUGCAACUACAGUAUCUAUGCCUAUUUUAACUGCAGUGUACUCUUGGGUCACUGAAUAAAGUGCAGUUUUGUAUAACAUGUUAAUUAUUUAAAAGCAAUCAUACUUUUGUAAAUUUUUUAUUUGAUUAAUUUGUCAACUGGGAGGGUUACAUCUAACCUUUUCAAAAUCAGUAAUGUAAUCCCAGAUGGGAUUAACAUGGUUGAUUUGGGGAAUUGUGUAACAGGGUAUUUUGAUUACAAAAAUAAACUUGAAAUGAACA